AUGUUCAAGUUCUUGUUCGUCUUCAAAGCCACCAAACUGGAUGCCAUUCUGAGGUGUUGGUUUGGUCAACACUGUGAAUCCAAAAAAUCAUAUUUUCCACGCGCUAACAUACAUGAACUGCUCACUCCCGACAUUCUCCACCAAAUAAUUAAAGGAAUAUUCAAAGAUCAUAUUGUGGCUUGGGUGGGUGAGUAUUUCCUUAUCACCUAUGGAGAAAAAAAGGCAGAGCAAAUAUGGGCAGAUAUUGAUCGCCGCAUAGCUGCAGUGCCUUCAUUUCUGGGCCUAUUCAAACAAUGGACAGGCGAUGACUCAAAGGCUUUAAUGAAGAUCUUUUUACCAGCCAUCGUGGGACAUGUUCCUGAGAGAAUGCUUCAAGCGAUCUGCUACUUCCUUGACUUCUGCUAUGUAGUCCGUCGCUCGAGUCUUGCCGAAGCCGAUCUAGAUUCUUUGCAAACAACUCUUGAGGGCUCUCACAAUGAAUGUACUGUCUUCAUGGAUGUUGGUGUCUGUCCCAAUGGAAUAUCUCUACCCCAACAACAUUCUUUAUGCCAUUACAGUUAUCUGACACAGCAGUUUGGCACUCCUAAUGGAUUAUGCUCUUCUCUCACAGAGUCAAAGUACUGUAAGGUAGUAAAGGAACCUUGGCGACGCUUGAGUGGCUGGCUACCUCUCGGGAAGUUUGCCAUAGGUCUGCUUGACCACCCUUUACUCCCACCUGGUGUUGAGCCAAUUAAUCUGGAUACAAAUCAUUCUGACAUGGAGGAUGCUGUUGCAGAUGAGGGUGUGUCCAGUUACCUCCGACGUGCCCGAGAAAUUGGUGAAAUGAUUGGCACACCUUCCUUUCGUAACCUUAUACGCCAAUUUCUACAUGAUCAGCGCAAUCCUGGUCACACUAUUCCGGGAUGUGACAUGGAUAUUUCACAAUGCCCGGAUUUCAAUGGGAAGGUGGAUAUUUUUCACUCUGCUGUAGCGUUGUUUUACGCUGCUAGCGACAUCUGUGGGGUCAAUGGCAUGAUCUGUUACACUAUCUGUGUUGCACGUAGUUGGUGUGGUGUGGAAUAUUCUUGUGCACUUGUUCGCUGGUUUUCAACCAUUGGCGAUCAACCAUGCCCUAACACAGAACUUGACGAUUGUAGAGAAUGCCUUCUUUCUGUUUUUCUUGAUUGUGAUUUGACACAUACAGAUUCUUUGAUUGCAUUUCAAGCUUUCUAUGUUAACAGAUUUUUGGAUUAUCAUGCUUUUAAGAUCUCAUUCUCAAAAAUUGUAGUAUGA